AUGCAAAACAAAUGGAGAGGAAAGGGAGACAUUUCAGUAGGGUUUCUGUUCAAAUACUUACAAUAUAUUGCCGGCUUUAUGAAAUCACUACAAGUCUACAAGCCAAUCCAUUUAACACCAACUGGAGUCGUUAUUGAAAAGCUCGAGAGAUUAAACGGCGAUUUUUGUGGGGAGGCUCGGAAAAUAGGUCAAAGAUACACAAGAACAGGGAGUUGUAAUGGAAUCAAGCGACUAAGUUCCAAUCAGUUUCAAACAUCAUCCAUUUCGCCUCCAAAUGAGGUAAAUGUUCUUUGUAAAAGGAUAGACAAACGCAACCCUAAGAUGGAUGGAAAAUUUGAGUGGUUAAUAGAGGUUCCAAUUAAAGUCAUGACUUUCGUAUGGAGGGAAAAAAUGGGUAGAAUUACAAUAGCUGCGGCGCUAUCGAGGCGUGGUGUUAACUUGAACUCCAUAGUUUGCUGCCAAUGUGAUGAGGAGGAGCAAACUGUAGACAUGUACUGGUUCGAUGCACGUAUGCCAAAUCUGUCUUUGAGUGGAUGCUCAAAUGGUGUAACAUUCCUGAUGUAA